AGCGCACCCGUCGACCUCCCGCUAGCACCUGAGGCAAUUCAAAAACCAACCCGCACCUUUUCGUGCGUCGAGUGCUCUAUUCAAUUUGCACUCAUCUGUGUUUUAUUCUAAACAUUCGAUACACCCAGGUUGCGGCCAGUUCCAAAAAAGUUUCCAAGUGAAGAUUUCAACAAAAAUUCUGUUAACGAUGAAUUUCCGUUUUAUUCUACUAUUCUUAAUAUUCCCUUUUGUUUUUGCAAGUUUAGAAGAAUUUGAGCAAGAUAGCGCUGAAAUUAAAAAAGAAGUGCCUGCUCGUUUUCGAUCUUUCAAAAACUUUGGUAGCCAUCAAGAUGCCAGUAAUCAAGCUGCAGAAGUAGCUGGCUCGAACGAAGAUAACACUGAUGACCCUGAAGUUGCACCGGAUGCUCCAUACCUUAUGGCAGAUUCUUCUCUAGAACAAGAAGAAGAAUGCGUUGCUCUUCCGAAUCGAACACGAGUUCGUCCGUCGUUUUUCCAGUGUAAAGAAGACACAAAGUUUGAACUUCACGGCGGUGCAAUUACAAACGGCAACGGUGAUGAUACCUACCCGGUUUCCUUCAACUCGCCUAUUCGAAUUUUCCUCGACAUCACCAGUAAUUCUAACAAACGAUAUGACAAUUUGGGCGUCGAAGUGUCAAUCUUUAAACGUUCAACCGGAUGGUUCGGAUGUGGGUGGAUGUUUUUACCAAGCUUUGGGCUGUUGAGCAACUAUGAUAUGUGUGACGACAACCCGUCAUGUCCGGUGACUCCGGGACGUCAGGUUAUCGAAUUCGAGAUUGAUCCAACAAAGUUGUUUACGAAUCUGUUCCGAAUGAUUCACUAUGACUUGUCCGCCUACCAAAUGAUGGUUCGAGUCCGAGACAAUCGAGAUCCCUACCGAGAGUUGCUUUGUGCUACGAUCCAAACUAGAAUCACACUCUGAGACCAAGACACUUUUUAUUUAUUUAUUACCAAGAUCCUUAUCAGCAGUAUUUAUGAACGAUAACCGGGACGCAACCCAAUUAAUUUAAUUCCCCUUCCCUACCUUCUCCCCCAGUGAACACCAGAACCAAGUGGUUUCUAUUCAUCCAGUUGUUUAUGAUUAUGACUCUCUGUUACAGGUUAUCAAAAAAUGAAUAAUAUAGUAUA